AAGACACUCUCAGACAGAGCUCAUAUAGGAUGAGUGAGAGAGAGAGAGAGAGAGAGAGAGAGAGAGAGAGAGAGAGAGAGAGCGAGCGAGAGAGAGAGAGAGAGAGAGAGAGAUACUUAAGCCUGCGUUUUAGCAUUAUUUUACCAGAAUGGAGUGAGAAGAUGAUCAACUAGUAGAUCCGAACAGCCUUUUCAGGUCCAUGCUUGGAUAUGCAUAUCUUUUCAUCUCCGCUUUGAGUUUCAAUACUGACACUUCCACUUGUCAAGACAGUCCAGACGCACCGGUGUCAGAGCACAUAUGGGGCUCACCGCAGCAUUGCCCGGAAGAUGUGUAUCACUGCUCCGCGGCUGAGAUCUGUGUCGCCUGCGCCCAUCGUGGGAUCGGAUCCCUCGGUUCAUGUCUGCGCUCUGCGCCCCGUGUCAUUCCCAGUGAACUGAGAUGGCUCUUUGCGCGGAAGUGCGACACACACGGAGAUCGCUGGAGGGGAAUUGGACACAUCUAGUUUUAAUUACGACCUAUUGCUUUUUUUGUGUAUUACCACUGAAGCAACUUUGCGCGUUCCCCUCUUCGCUGAGCGACUGUCAAACACCCACCGGUUGGAACUGCUCCGGGUUUGAAGAGCAGGACACAGAUCUUUUUCUUUGUGACACGAACACAUGCAAGUUCGACGGAGAGUGUCUGCGAAUCGGGGACACGGUGACAUGCAUCUGUGAUUUCAAGUGCAGCAGUGACUAUGCUCCAGUCUGUGGAUCUAAUGGAGAAGGCUACGAGAACCACUGUCUCCUGCGGAAAGAUGCCUGUAAACUCCAGACAGAGGUGCUGUUGGUGUCAGAGGGUGCCUGUCCUGUCGAUACUGGCUCUGGAUCAGGAGAUGAUGUUAAUGAAGGUUCUGCAGAGAUCAGUCAGAAGGAGACAUCGACGUGCGAUAUUUGUCAGUUCGGGGCUGAAUGUGACGAGGAUUCAGAAGACGUGUGGUGUGUGUGCAACAUUGAUUGCUCCCAUAUCAGCUUUAAUCCGGUUUGUGCAUCAGACGGCCGUUCCUAUGACAACCCCUGUCAGGUAAAAGAGGUGUCGUGUCAGAAACAGGAAAGGAUUGAGGUCAGAUACCUCGGACAUUGUAAGGAGGAGAAAGACCAGGUGAGUGAGGUACCCUGGGGUCUUUACAUCCCGUGUCCGGAGCGUUACAAGAACUACUGUGUCCAUGGAGAAUGCGAGUAUCCUAGCAACCUCUCGCCCCCAACUUGCAGUUGUCAUUCAGGCUUCAUUGGUCCGCAGUGUGACACGAAGGACUAUAAUGUGAUGUACGUGGUUCCUGGUUCUGGAAAACUCCGCUACAUUCUGAUUGCAUCUAUCAUCGGUGCUCUGCAAGUGGCCAUCAUCUGCCUCGUAGUGCUUUGCAUCGCACGAAGGUGUCCACGUGGGAAUCGGAUAGCACGGCAAAAACAAAACGUUCCAAACUUCAACACGGAAAACACCCUGCGGGCCUCAACCAGACUCAUCUGAUGAACCCUGAAACCUUCAGAGUGACAUGUGCUAAAGAAAGCAGAGAAUGGCCCCAGGGAUUUGGGGAACACACACCCCUCCAGACAAGUGAUGCUGGGUGUAUAAGAACUGAAGUAGGACUCCAAGCCGUGUGCAAACGUUAUCGCCCCAUGUUUUCCAUUGGGCAUAAAUGGGACAGACCUCACAGGACAGGCCUACUUCAGAUUUGCCACUGGCCUGCAGGCUUGAAUAAGGCUUAUUGGGAAAGAUAAGAGUCAGUCACCUUUGUUGAGGUGUCAGAACAUACAGCCACAGCAAGGGGAUAUCAGAAACACCCUAUCCCUGGGGCUGCAACAAUCUGGAUAAGAGGAGCGCUUGUCGAUGGACGGAUGGAUGGAUGGAUGGACGGACAUUUAAACUGGAGAGGUGUGCCACAUGUUGCCUUGUAUUUGUUGUCAAUGACACCAUUGAAGAAAAGUGUCCUCCAAGGCUCUUUUUGUUUAUGUAUUAAAUAUAUUUCCAAUAGGUUAACUUUCUUGUGAUGGUGUUUUUCGUUGUUUUUAUUC